CUUAGGUGUAAUUUGACUGGUUGAGAUUUGAAGAGACGGCGCAAAGGUGAUUUCUGAUUGGUUUAGUUGUUUCGUGCGAUGAAGUAAGGAAAUGUUUGAAGUAGCAGCAAAAGAGCUCUGGAGGACCACACGCUGCGCUUUACAUUUAGUGGUGCAUGAUGCCCUCCUCGGGCAAGCGCGCCCCGCGUAGAGAGGAGCUGCUGCUGGAACUGGCGUGCGAGUGGGGCUCGUGUCAGGAGACGUUUGAAAGGAUGCAGGAGUUCUGCCAGCACGUAGAGCAACAUUAUAAAGCUACUGUAGAAUGUGAGAGCUCAGAUUUACCCGAAGAGGAGCAUAACUGUCUGUGGCGAGACUGUGGCUUCUGCUCAGUGGAAGGUGAUGGGGAGCUUCUUAGACACAUGUUCUUCCACUGUUACCACACCAAGUUGAAGCAGUGGGGAAUUGCUAUACUCAAGGGUCAUAGCGAUAUGGGCACCUGCUCGGUCGGCCUCCACACCUGCAACAUAGUGCCUGAGGUCCAAGAGAACUUCCUCUGUCUUUGGGAGCACUGUGAGAUGUCUAUGGAUAAUCCAGAGUGGUUCUACAGACAUGUGGAGAUGCAUGCCCACUGUCUCGAAGCUAAUGAAGAGAGUGUGUUGUUCUGUGGAUGGAAAGAUUGUGAGGCCUCUUUCAAGGGCAGGUUUAAGUUGCGAGAGCACAUGCGUAGUCACACGCAGGAAAAGCUGGUGGCAUGUCCUACCUGUGGAGGAAUGUUUGCCAACAACACCAAGUUCUUCGACCACAUUCGACGACAGACCUCCAUAGAAGGUCAAAGAUUUCAAUGUUCUCACUGCUCUAAACGUUUUGCCACUGAGAGGCUACUGAGAGACCACAUGAGGAACCAUGUUAACCAUUAUAAAUGUCCACUGUGUGAUAUGACCUGUCCAUCACCUUCCUCACUGAGAAACCACAUUAAGUUUCGCCAUUCCAACGAGAAGCCCUACAGCUGUGACUACUGCGAGUACAGCUGUAAAAACCUGAUAGACCUGCGGAAGCAUUUAGACACACACAGCAGUGAGCCAGCAUAUCGAUGCGACUUCCCUGACUGUAACUACUCCACCCGCUCCCUUUACUCAAUCAAGAACCACUACAAACGCAUUCAUGAGGGAGAUUACACUCCUCGCUAUAAGUGCCACGUGUGUGAGCAGUGUUUCACCCGGGGGAACAAUCUCACUGCCCACCUACGCAAGAAACAUCAGUUCAAAUGGCCCUCAGGACACCCCAGAUUCAGAUAUAAAGAGCAUGAAGAUGGGUUUAUGCGACUGCAGCUAAUCCGUUAUGAGAGUGUGGAGCUGACAGAGCAGCUGAUGCGGGAGCGGCAGGGGGAGGGGGACAGCAGUGAGUCCACCCCACGGGACCUCCAGCCUGGUGAAGAACUGGAGGAGACGGGGCCCGUCAGCACCAUGGGUGGAAAUACAGAGGCAGGAAUAAGAAAAGAAGCAGCAGAGGACUGCAGGACACAGGGAAAUGGAGAAAGUGUGUUCCUGGUAUUGACAGCAGGAACAUCCUCAGAGACGGACUCUACGAGGGAGGAGUCAGUGAUGCGUCAACUGCAGGACACCGCCCAACAGUUGGGCAUGGAGGUGGUCUAACUCCACCUCUGAUUACUGGAACUCCCUAAUACUGCUAUAUCAGACAAUAGAAAGAGGUUAGGACAUGCCUACUAACUCUUUGAUUAAAUUCACAUUACUAUGAUACUAACAGGGGACCAAAGCUGGGAUUGAGUGUUCUAGGAUUUUGUCAUGCUGAGAUCCAUAAACCCAACACUGAACAGAAAAGAUGAAUUUCUAAAUUGCAAGUUGGCUCUGGUAAUGUACUUGAGUUUGACUGUGUGUGUGUGUGUGUGUGUGUGUGUGUGUGUGUGUGUGUGUGUGUGUGUGUGUGUGA